UAUUUGUAGUAACAGCUCCCAAAUCAACUUACACAGUAAAAUAUGGGGAUACAGUAAAAAUGGCAUGCCACUUUCCAUUAAAAAAAGCUGAAGAUCUAAGGGAACUGAUAGUCUCCUGGCAACACACAAACACAGAAGUAGUAAAGUUUAACAAUGGAGCAGAGGAACCAAUGCACCUGGAGAAUCCAUAUAGAGGGCGAGCAUCGUUGUUGACGGAAGAGCUCAAAAAAGGACACGCUAUUCUGCAAAUUAAAGACGUGAAGCUCGCUGAUUCAGGAACAUAUGUCUGUAUAUUACAAUUUGAAGGAUCCGACUAUGAUAAAAUUACUCUGGAAGUUCAAGCCUCAUACACAGACAUUCAGAUGUCCUUUCAGGUAUCACACACAGACAAUCAAAUAUAUUUGACGUGCUAUUCAUUGGGUUUUCCAAAGGCAGAUGUCUACUGGACAACAAAUGGUGUUAACAUAAGCUCCCCAGCCAAUACUUCUUAUAAUCAGGCUGAAGAUGGUUUAAUUAAUACAACAAGCACAAUCAAAAUAACGGAUAGAAAGAAAAGCUACAGUUGUGUGUUCUGGAACAAAGCACUCAAUGAAACAACAGAAGCUUCCAUUGGACAUCCAGAUAUUGAUAAUUAUGACCACUCAAUAAUUACGAAAAUCUUAUUUCCAUGCUUGGCUUUAACAAUUAUAGCAUCGUCAGUAAUAAUUUAUUCAAAAAGACAAGUUUGCUUAAAAGGUUUCAGGAAAAAAGGUAUGUUAUAUCUGUUUGUAUCUAAUGCAUUUAUCCUCUUUUUUAAUCUUUUUUAUUUUUCUUAUUGGUCAGGCCCUUUGUCAGGGUAUUAUUGCUAACUGU